AUGGCUUCACCCAUCAAUUCCGAGGCGAUCAAUGCUGCCCUGGCAAGGCCUGGCUACCUCCCGGAUGGCACGACUGCAGCACUUCUGGAGCAGAGUCGUGAUCGAGCGACUGUCAUAGCCAUCCUCUUUAUCGCGGCUCUGGUCUAUAUCAUCAUGGCACUGCGUUGCUACGCCCGCAUCUUUGUACUCAAGCAUUUCGGACGGGACGAUUGGCUUGCAGUCCUUUGCUUGCUACCCUACACGACAUUUAUCGUCUUAGCCAUCGUGCUCAUUCGUCUGGGAUCCGGACGUCACUUCGUCUACAUUCAGUACAUCCUCGACAACCACACUAUCAACAGGACCGAGACUUUAGACUUUGCGGCUCACCUGAUUUAUACUACUGCACUACUAAUAUGUCGAUUGUCUGGACUAGCUUUCUAUUCUCGAAUCACCCGCCGACAUCACAGACUCACCUGGUCGAUCAGAGCUGCGGUUGCUUUCAUGGUUGCUGGGUACAUUCCCCAAUUGUUCCUGAUAGGAUUCCACUGCUUGCCAGCCACCAGCUUGUGGCCAUAUGCCUUCCAGCCCGAGGUCGGCAAUUACACCUGCUUGUCGUGGGGGUUGGUGUACGUCACGAACAGCACCAUAUCACUCGUCUGCGACCUGAUCCUAUUCACCAUCCCCGCUGCAAUCAUUCAUGUUCUCCGGAUAAGCUUGAAGGACAAGCUUAAACUCGUGUUCGUCGUCAUGCCUGGUUUACUGGUUAUAGCAAUAUCCGUCGUACGAAUGUAUCUCGUCGUUGUUGGCCAAUGGGAAGCGGACGAGUCAUGGGCCUACGACCCUUUCCUCGCGGUCGAGAUCGCCGAGAUCGGGUCCACGCUCAUUGCUCUGUCAAUACCAGCCCUGAAACCAUUUGUCGGCAGUGUCUUCGCCUUUCUUGACCGCAACCGUACGGACGAGAAUAAGUUUGGUUCUCCACAGAACCAUCGAACCAUUGGCACGAGCAAUGCACAUCGUGGGCGAGCCGACGCGAAUGGCGACAUCACCACCCAUGAGCUGGACAAGUGGUCCUCGAGAUCAGGGAUCAAUGGUCACCAGGGUACGGUUGAGCCGAUUCGCAGUCGGUCCUCUGAGCCGAUCAUUCAGCAACACCAGGAUCGUAGCUUGACUAUCCGAGGCAACGUGUGA